GUGCGACGAUUGAUUGAUUAAAAAUUAUUGAAGCGAAUGCAUUUGCAGCAAAUUCGCCAGUUUAUUCUGAGACUUGUAUCAACGGCGUAUUAUAACACGAAACCAAAAUGAAAUUCUUCGUUGCUGUAGCAUUUUUGUUUGCUGCCGUUUGCGCUACGCCACACGAUCAAUCCGAACUUAGUUAUCCAUUGCGAGACAUUUACACAUACAUGCAAUGUGUACCAAAGGAAGCCGAUAAAUCCACCAAAAUCCAUGGGUGCAACGACGCUUGGGAAGAAUAUCGACAGGAUUAUCUCGAUAUGAUCACCGAUUUUGAAGAAUGCGCCAAUCGCCCAACUCGAUAUGGAGCUGAUGCAUGCCGAUACAAGUGUUUUACAGCUGGUGAACGCGUUCUUGAUCAGUUCUAUAAUCAAUUGGACAAAAACAAGGACAUGUGCUACAAAAUCGUUCCACUUACAAUUUUGAAUUGUCAACCCGAUAGUAUGCGUUUCAGUCCAUAGUUAUGAACACAUAUCCAAGAAUAGCAUCGUUGUUUGGACAUUCAAUUGGAAUCAUAGCUUUUUAUAUUGAACAGUGUGGCAUAUCAAAAUACGAUUUUUACCAAUUUUAUGUUGAGAAAAUGUGCGCCUGUGAGAUUCAUCGAUUAAACCGGAAAAUAAGAAAUAAAAAGCAUCAUUAAAAUUGAAA